GGGAAGGCCUGGCACUGCGAACAAAGGUUUCGGGACCAUUCUUUCCAGAACGCACCAGCCCCGCGCGCUCGCAGCCGCUGGCGCGGUCCAGUCAUUGGCGGGAGAGGAGCAGCGGACCGCAGCGCCUCGCCCCACCUGCCCCGCGGCGGAGCCUUGCGGACACCAGCUCCGGACGGAGCACAGGUCUGCGCAAGGACCAUGGGCGCCGCGCUGGGCACCGGCGCGCGACUGGCUUUCCUGCCGGGCCGGGCCUGCGGCGCCCUCCCGCGCUGGGCACCCUCCGCGCCGCCCCGCGGCUGCCAUUCCAAGGCCGGCUUGACGCGCCCAGUGCUCCUGAAGAAGCGCGGAUACGAUGUCACCAGGAACCCGCAUCUUAACAAGGGGAUGGCCUUUACACUUGAAGAAAGGCUGCAGCUUGGAAUCCAUGGCCUAAUCCCCCCCUGCUUCCUGAGCCAGGACAUCCAGCUCCUCCGCAUCAUGAGAUACUACGAGCGGCAGCCAAGCGAUCUGGACAAAUACAUCAUUCUCAUGACACUCCAAGACCGGAACGAGAAGCUCUUCUACCGCGUGCUGACGUCAGACGUGGAGAAGUUCAUGCCGAUCGUCUACACGCCCACCGUGGGGCUGGCUUGUCAGCAGUACGGCCUGACCUUCCGCAGGCCCCGUGGGCUGUUUAUUACCAUUCAUGACAAGGGCCAUCUUGCAACAAUGCUGAACUCUUGGCCAGAAGACAACAUCAAGGCUGUGGUGGUGACGGAUGGGGAGCGCAUCCUGGGCUUGGGAGACCUGGGCUGCUAUGGCAUGGGCAUCCCUGUGGGCAAGCUGGCCCUGUACACCGCAUGCGGAGGAGUAAACCCACAGCAGUGUCUCCCUGUCCUGCUCGAUGUUGGCACCAACAACGAGGAGCUGCUUAGAGAUCCUCUGUACAUCGGCCUGAAACACCAGCGUGUGCGUGGGAAGGAGUAUGACGAUCUGCUGGACGAGUUCAUGCAGGCUGUGACAGACAAGUUUGGAAUAAAUUGCCUCAUCCAGUUUGAAGAUUUUGCCAAUGCCAAUGCCUUCCGCCUGCUCAACAAAUACCGCCACAAGUACUGCAUGUUCAACGAUGACAUCCAGGGCACAGCCUCUGUUGCCGUGGCAGGGAUCCUGGCAGCUCUGCGAAUCACCAAGAACAAGCUCUCCAACCAUGUGUUUGUUUUCCAAGGUGCAGGUGAGGCAGCCAUGGGCAUCGCCCACCUCCUUGUAAUGGCCCUAGAGAAAGAAGGCGUCCCCAAGGCAGAGGCUACGAGGAAGAUCUGGAUGGUGGACUCCAAGGGGCUCAUUGUCAAGGGGAGGAGCCACCUGAACCAUGAGAAAGAGACGUUUGCCCAGAACCAUCCUGAAGUGAAGUCCCUGGAGGAGGUGGUGAGGCUGGUGAAGCCCACAGCCAUCAUAGGUGUUGCUGCCAUCGCGGGAGCCUUCACGGAGCAGAUUCUGAGGGACAUGGCCUCCUUCCACGAGCGCCCUAUCAUCUUUGCCCUGAGCAACCCCACCAGCAAGGCCGAGUGCACGGCUGAGAAGUGCUACCGGGUCACCGAGGGCCGAGGGAUCUUUGCAAGUGGAAGUCCUUUUAAGAGCGUGACUCUGGAGGAUGGCAGCACCUUCAUACCUGGACAGGGAAACAAUGCCUAUGUGUUCCCUGGAGUGGCACUGGGAGUCAUUGCUGGCGGGAUUCGGCACAUCCCAGACGAGAUCUUCCUCCUGACAGCAGAGCAAAUUGCCCAGGAGGUCUCUGAGCAGCAUCUGUGCCAGGGGAGACUCUACCCACCACUCACCACCAUCCGAGAUGUGUCUCUGAGAAUUGCCAUCAAAGUCCUCGACUACGCGUACAAACACAACCUCGCCUCCUACUAUCCGGAGCCCAAGGACAAGGAGGCUUUUGUAAGAUCCCUGGUCUACACUCCAGACUAUGACUCAUUCACUCUGGACAGCUACACUUGGCCCAAGGAAGCCAUGAAUGUUCAGACAAUCUGAUGCAGUCUCAGUGACUGAUGUUGGGCCAGAUGAAGCCCAGAGUAACACUGACAAUAUAAAUGGAUUUCAAAAUGGC